AUGGGAAUUUCAAACUUAUUACAAUUUUUAAAACCUAUAAUAAAAAAUACACAUAUUAGUAAAUAUGAAAAUGGGGUCGUUGGAAUUGAUAUUAUGUGUUGGAUCCAUAGAGGAUUAAUAAGUUGUGCUUUUGAUAUAGUUACAGAUAACCAUAAUGAGAAUUAUUUAAGUUUUAUUGAAAAAAUGCUAGAAACGAUUUAUCAAUAUAAUAUUAAGGUUAUAUUUGUUUUUGAUGGUGAAGAAUUACCAGAAAAAAAAAAAGAAAAUUUAAUAAGAAAAGCACGUAGGGAAAAAGCAAAAAAUGAAGCUUUAGAAAUUAUUAAAAAAGUAAAAAAUCCAAGAACUAAUGAACUUGUUAUUAAAAAAUGUAUCCAAGCAAUAACAGUAUCAAAAGAAAUUAUACAAUCUGUUAUUAAUUUUUGUAAAAAAAAAAAUAUCUAUUAUAUAAUAUCACCAUAUGAAGCUGAUGCUCAAUUGUCUUAUUUAUGUAGAAUGGGUUUUAUUUCAUGUGCUAUUAGUGAAGAUAGUGAUUUGUUAGUUUAUGGAUGUCCUAGGGUUUUAUAUAAAUUUAAAAAUAAUGGAGAAUGUAAUGAAAUCACUUUAAUGCCUAUUAAUGAUUUAAUAGAUUCAGAUAUUAUAAACAAAAUUAAAAAUCCGAUAUCAAAUUCGUUUAACCAAUUUUAUAUAACCCCAAUUAAAAAUAUACAAAAUGAAGAAUCAAAUUUUUCUGAUUCUUUUAUUUCAUAUGAAGAAAAACAAAGUCCCACAUUUUCUCGUAAAAGACGAAGAAAUGUAAAUAAUGAAAAAAAAAAAAAAAAAAAAAAAAUUAAAAAAAAUAAUAAACUACUCUUGGAUCAAAAUACUGAUAUAAAUAAUCAAAAUUCUAACAAACUUAUGAAAACAUAUAUCAAUAAUUUUUAUUGGCCUGAAGAAUUAUAUAAAUUAAAAUAUUUCGAUCUUGAUAUGUUUUUAACUAUGUGCAUAUUAAGUGGUUGUGACUAUACUAAUGAUUUUCAUAUUUCAGGAAUGGGAAUAAAAACCGCAUUUAAUUUAAUAUAUGAACAUAAAACUAUCCAAAAUAUUUUCUCUUUUUUAAUUUCACAUGAUAAAUGGAAAAAUAAAAUACCUCCAAAUUUAAAUUCAGUAGAUAAAUUAAUGGAAAAAUAUAAUAAAAUUAAAAAUGCAUUUUUACAACAUCAUGUUUAUGAUUUUAUUCUAAAUAAAAUUAUUCCAAUACAUCAUUCAUUUCGAAGUUUUAUUAAAAAAGAGAAUUCUAAUCUUUUAUCAAAUUCGGAUCAUAUUAAUAAUCGUUUCAAACUAGAUGAUGAUAUUUUUGUUAAUAAAGUUAUCGAAUCUUCACUUUUUUUAGAUUUCUCAAAAAAUAAUAACAAAUGUUUAAAUAAUUUAUUAGAACAAGAUAUAAUAAAUCAAAAAGAUGAUAAUAAAAAUAUCGAAAUAAUUGAAGAUAAUUCUCAAAAAACCCCAUUGUUCAAUAAUUCAAAUUUUAAUUCUCUUCCAUUUCAUAACAAACACGAAAUAUCACCUCAACAAAAUAUAAAUCAUAUAGAUAAUAUUUUUAAACAUUUUACAUCCGAAUGUUUGGAAUAUUUAGAAAUCUCUCCAGCCAUUAUCAAAAGACAUAAACAAAUAAAUCAAAUUGACUCAAAAUAUGACAAAAACGCAGAAAAUGUUGAUAAUAAAUCUGAACCAAAUUUUAUUAACAAAAAUCAUAUAAACAUUCAAAAUGCUGAUAAUAAAUCUGAACCAAAUUUUAUUAACAAAAAUCAUAUAAACAUUCAAAAUGCUGAUAAUAAAUCUGAACCAAAUUUUAUUAGCAAAAAUCAUAUAAACAUUCAAAAUGCUGAUAAUAAAUUCGAACCCAAUUUUAUUAACAAAAAUCAUAUAAACACUCAAAAUAACAAAUUUACAGAAUCCAUGUCAAACCAAAAUGACCAAACAAAUGAACACAUCCCUUAUGACCACUUGGAUAAAAAAAAUAAACAAAUGAAAAGUGCAAAAAAUCUUUAUGAAAAUAUGAAAAAAACAUUUACUUUAUUCAAAACUUUAGCAGAUAAAGAAGAAAUUAAACAUGAUCUUAACUCACCUCAAAAAGAUGAACCCACAAUCCAAGAUCCCACAAAUUUUAUGAAAAAAAAUAACUAUAUUAAAUCAGAAAAGCAAAAUGAAAUUGAUGCACAUUCUUUUAUUCCUCCUUUAAACAGAAGUAAGUUACACAUAAAAAAAAAAAGUUAUAAUGGCCAAUUACAAAUAACAAACUUUUUUAAAAACUCGAACAAGGAUGAAUUAAUAAAUAACAAUAAUAAUAAUACCAAUAAUCAUUCUGAACUAAAAAGUGAUCAAAAUAUUAAUCAUAUUUAUAAUUCUCCAAAUAAACUUAAACAAAUUGAAACAGAUCAUAUAUCAACAGAUCAAGAUAGAGAUAUUCAUAAUAAAAAUACAACAUGUAAAGAUUUUAUUAUUGACACAGAUUGGAAAAAUACAAAAAAUUACAUACAUUCUUCAAAACUUACACAAAAUAAUUCAAAUACUUUAUUGAAUAAAACACAACAAAAUGACAAAAAUAUUAAUCUCGAUUAUAUGCUUCAAAACUUAAAUUAUAAUUAUCAACCAAAAACACAAAAAAUAAAUACAUUUGACUAUUUUAAGGAAAAAGAAAAUGAUCCACAUUAUAAUCCUUACAUAGAUAACACUUCCUGA